GUUGACGCCUACCAAAGUUUGACCUCCUCGCAGUUGUUAAAAAAAAAUUCGUAAAUACGCUGAAGGCUUUUAUCAACACGGUGUUAAACCGGGGACCAAGGUGUGUGCGUAUGUUGGCAACACCGUUGAAAAUGUAGCCGCGGCAUUUGGUGUUAUGUUUGCGGGCGGGACGCUCGUCAUGGCGAAGACGGCCUACGUGGAAAGGGAGUUGGUGUAUACGAUUGAAGACAGCCACUGCACUUUUCUACUAAUGGACCUAGAAACCGCGCCACAGGCUGCGAAGUGGAAUAUACCAACGAUCAUUAAGGGAUUGUUCGCCGUAGGAGGUGCGCCUGGUUUCAUCGACGUUCUCCUUUUCCAAGAUCUUCCUGAUGCGUCCUUCAAACCCCACGUGCCCACAGAGACCGAGAAAGAAGUUGUGGUCAUUCUGUACACGUCAGGGUCAACGGGCCUCCCGAAGGGUGUGGAAAUAUCGCACAAAGCGUAUUGUGCCUCGUUCUACGCAUACAGGUCUACAGGAAUUUGCACCGAAGACGAUGUUUUCUUGGACUGGAAUCCCUUUACCUAUGUGUCGGGUUUCGCGGUAGCCAUGUUUUCUAUGCUUAUAGGUGCAAAGACUGUCAUCACAGAUCCCUUAAUUUCGUACGAAGAUUUUCUGAAAACUCUCAAAACCUUUAAGGUAUCUAUAUUUAUUGGCUUAGCUGGCCGGAUGAAGGAUAUUUUUCAUAAUGCUAGAAAAAACAACGAUAUCAUACCUGGUGUAAAACGAAUAAUGGCGGGUGGAUCGGUAGUAACAAAAUCGUUUGCAAUGGAAAUUCGUGAAAUAUUCAACGUGGAAUCACUCAUCAAUGUCUACGGCAUGACCGAAACGUUUGGUAUUGUAUGUUGCUCACCUGUUGGUCAAAUUACCUUUGACCAUAGUGGUGUACCUCUGGCCGGGAGCAAAUUCAAGGUUACAGACCUAGUCAGCGGAGAGUCUCUCGGCCCAUAUCAAAAUGGUGAAAUCGAAAUUCACACACCAUGCAUCAUGAAAGGCUACUAUGGGUGUCCUGAAGCUACCGCUGAAGCUGUGAACUCUGGCGGCUGGUACCGUACAGGACAAGCAGCAGUCUUCAAGCAUCUGUACGGAGGAGUUGUUUUUAUGAAAUACCUUCCCAAGUUUGAUAACGGAAAGGUUAGGAGACAAGAACUCAAGACGAAGGUCGCUCUAGAAAAGGAAAUGUUGAAAGAAUAGUGGAGCCUGUCAGCAUUUCAAACCAUACCUAAACUAAUGCGAAACGCCCGACGAAGGUGCUUCUGUGUUUUGAUUGUAAUAAACACGUGUAUUUACCUCUAAGC